AUGAACAAUACUGCCAUUGCUAGCAUCGGAUUAAUACUACUCGUUGUUCUGCUCUACAUACGACAGAAAUGGAAACAGAAGGCAGAGCCAGAUCCUCCAACCGUCUCCGUCCCCGUGCAACUAGUACACCGUCUCUGCCCCCAUAACAAUGUAGUGCAACGUUACGCCGUUGAGCAGAAGGACAGUCUAGAUGAGCAUCUUGAUCUUCUUGCCCGGAAAUUGGCCGAGAAGGAAGGAAGACUACGGCUCUCCAAAUCGAGGAUAGCAGAGACGCAAAAUGAGAUCGAGAAUCUUCACGCCAUCGAUUAUGACCUGCGUCACAAGUAUCGCGAGAUUAUGGACUCCUUACGCAACGAUCUGUUGAACAACGAGAAAGAAUGCAAGCGCCUGCAGGAGCAGAUUGAAUGGGUCUCGCGAAGGAGAGCUGAACUACAUGAUGAGGUUCGUCGCAGUCAGAGGCUGUAUGGAGAUGCAGCCGUUAAACUUGCCACCAACUUAGCGGAGCUGCAGCGUGGUCGAGAAAGUAGAGUAACUGAUAAACCUCAAAUACAAAAUUCCUUUGAUUCUCUGCGUUUAAGAAAAGAACCUCACUUUCCAAACUCUUCGCCAGUUUCUUCGGUCAUUAUAAAAAGUUCGCCUACAACUACACACAACCCUUUUACCCACUUCAGUUAA